AAUCAAACGCACUCUUCUUCGUUCAGCGACAGAUGUAAAACAUGGGUAGGCGCCAAAUCAAGAUCUAACGGGCAUUCUUUCAUUAUCACAAUCAAUGCAUCUUGCUUCCUCCUACCGGAUCCGCUGAAACAAACACACACAAUCAAUGCAUCUUCGACCCAUAUUCUCAUCGGAGUAAACUGAUCUGCAGAAUACACCAAUGGAUCGGAUGCUAAAAGCCGCCAGAGCUUCUGGCUCUCUCAAUCUCUCAAAUCGCUCUCUCAAGGAAGUGCCAGAUGAGGUAUACAAAAGUCUGGAUGCAGUUGGUGAAGGUGAAAACUGGUGGGAGGCAGUUGAGUUGCAGAAGCUGAUAUUGGCUCAUAAUGAAAUUCAGUUGCUAAAGGAAGACAUAAGAAACUUACCAUUGUUGUCAGUGUUGAAUGUUAGCCACAAUAAGCUUUCUCACCUUCCAACUGCUAUAGGAGAGCUUAAAUCACUUAAGGCAUUAGAUGUGUCUAAUAAUUUGCUGAAUGAGAUACCCGAAGAAGUUGGAUCCGCGACUGCUUUGAUAAAGUUUGAUUGUUCCGGCAACCAAAUUAAGGAUCUUCCUUGCUCUCUUGGAAACUGUCUAGAUUUAUCAGAUCUCAAGGCAUCAAACAAUCGCCUCACCAGUUUGCCAGAAGAACUUAGCAAUUGUUCAAAAAUGUCAAAGUUAGAUGUAGAGGGAAAUAAGCUGACAACGCUAUCUGAGAAAUUGGUUGCAUCAUGGACUUUUCUCACUGAACUUAUUGCAGCGAAAAAUGCACUUACUGAUAUCCCGGAGAGUAUCGGAAGUCUUUCACGUCUCAUUCGCCUUGACUUUCAUCAAAACAAAAUUGCAUCGAUUCCAUCAUCAAUAAAGGGCUGCUCUUUGUUAGCAGAAUUCUACAUGGGGAACAACUUUCUGACGUCGUUACCGCCAGAAAUAGGAGAACUUACAAAUUUAGGGACAUUCGAUCUUCAUUCAAACAAGUUAAAGGAGUUUCCACUGGAGGCAUGCAAGUUGAAGCUUUCGGUUUUGGAUUUAUCUAAUAAUUCACUGUCUGGGCUUCCCCCUCAGAUUGGCUUGAUGACAACUUUGAGGAAGCUCGUGCUCACUGGCAAUCCUAUACGGACUCUUAGAAGCUCUCUGGUGACGGGACCCACUCCUGCAUUGUUGAGGUUUCUUCGAAGUAGACUUCCAGCUGAAGAAGAGAGUGGACCAUCUGAAAGUAAAGAAAAUGUUAUUGCUAGAGCUGCUCGGUUAUCUCUUGGUUCAAAGGAGCUUUCUUUAGGAGGCCAUGGCUUGAGUGACGUUCCACCACAAGUAUGGGAGACAACUGAUAUUACAAAAGCCGAUCUCUCAAGGAACUCAAUUGAAGAUCUACCCGUUCAACUUUCUUCAUGUGCUUCCCUUGAGACUUUGAUUUUAUCAAAGAACAAGUUCAAAGAAUGGCCAAGUGCAAUCCUGGAGUCACUUCAUAAUCUUGUGUGUUUGAAGCUCGACAAUAAUCCACUUAGACAGAUUCCGUCGGAUGGAUUUCAAGCUGCUUCAAAGCUCCAGGUUCUGGAUCUAAGUGGCAAUGCGGGUUGUUUACCAGAAAAUCCUGCGUUUUCUCAUUUGAUGCAGUUGCAGGAACUAUAUUUGAGGAGGAUGCAGAUUUCAGAGAUGAGGGCGGAUAUAAUAAGUUUGCCGAAAUUAAGAAUUCUUGAUAUGAGUCAAAAUUCCCUUCAGUUGGUUCCCGAGGGUUUAAAAAAUGCUACAUCUCUUCAGGAGCUUCGUCUUUCAGACAAUAACAUUAGCACACUUCCUCCUGAACUGGGUUUACUAGAACCGAGUCUUCAAGUGCUACAACUUGAUGGGAACCCUUUGAGAAGCAUACGAAGAACAAUUCUUGAUCGAGGAACCAAAGCUGUAUUAAUGUACCUGAAGGAUAAAAUACCCUACUAGGAGUACAAAACAUGUUCAUUGAUAUAGAUUCUAGGAAAACUAUAUUAUUUGAUGUUGUGUGUGUUUGUAUUUGUGUGUAUUUUCUUUUCCUUUUAUUGUCAAUAUAAUGCUAAACUUAUUGUUGCUUGGUCUUUGUGAUUUUCUUAUCAUACAAUGUUUUCAUCA